CAAAAAAACAAAAAAAACAAAAAAAGGCAUCGCUAUAUCUUCUCGCAUCUAGGGUUCCGCUGCUGCUUCUUCUUCUUUCUCCAUAUCUGUCGUCACAGGGGAGCCGACGAUAUGUAUUGAAUUUCUCAGUAGAGAAGCUCGUUACUCUGAUUGAAUCCACGAUCUCACAAGACCUCUAGGGAUUUUCAGAUUCAUAAACAAUUCGACAGUUAGAUUAGCGUAUCGCCUUAGGGAUCUAUACGAAGCAAUCGAUUAGGGUUUGUAGACUUGUUUUGGAUUAUCGAUUAUGGAUGCUUUUGGUAAGGGGGGAAGCAGUAUGAAUCAAGCUCCUGGAACCGAUGAUCUUAAGAAAGCUGUAGACAAUCCUACUACAGGUGAUUCACUGUUCGAUGCAUCUCAGUAUGCGUUCUUUGGGAACCAUGUUGUGGAGGAGGUUGAGCUUGGUGGACUUGAAGAGGAAGAUGAGAUUUUGUCUUUCAAUGGGAUAGGGGAUGGCUUCUCUUUUGAUAAGGAAGAGGUUGGGGAUUCUAGGCCUUUGUCUGACGUUGAUGAUCUUGCUACUACUUUUUCAAAGUUGAAUAGGGAUCCUGAUGUCUAUAGAAACAUGGGACCAAUCACUGAUAGGCGAUCGAGCCAGAAUUCUUUAGUACCUGAGUGGACUCAGGGGGAGAAGUUGCCAGAUUGGUACGGCCAGCAGUUACUGGACUCUGAUGCUAUCAAAGAUGACAAGGCGUGGUCGGCAACACCAUAUCCUGAACCACAACGUCAGCUGCAUCAAAACCACAAUCAACAACAGUUUCCCAGUGAGCCGAUCAUUGUCCCGAAGUCAUCUUUUGUUUCAUAUCCUCCUCAAGGCAGCAUAUCACCAGAUCAGCGCGUAGGACACCCAAAUUUACCAUAUCAUUCUGGUGGGCCUCAAAUGGGAUCGCCAAACUUCUCUCAGUUCCCAACUUUGCCGCCUCAGUUGGCUGGCAUGCAUCAUGGGUCUCCCCAGCGCACUGGGAACAUGCCUCAGUUUCGUCCUGCUCUUCCUCCGAAUAAUCGCCCUCCCGCUCAAUGGAUGAAUCGUCAAAAUGUGCAUCCUGGUGAUAAUUCAGGGAUCAUGAAUAACGCGAUGCUACAACAGCUGCCUCAUCAAAACGGUUUGAUACCCCCUCAGAUGCAAGGAUCUCAGAAUAGGUUACAACAUCCAAUGCAGCCUCCUCUCGGUCAUAUGCCAGGAAUGCAGCCUCAGUUAUUCAGUCCCCACCUUUCUCGAUCAUCAUCUUCCGCAAGUUAUGAUGGAAUGCUUGGGUUUGUUGAUCCCAGGGAAUCAAGACCAGGCUCGGCUCAAGGCAACAGACCGAACAUGCGUUUUCAUCAACAAGGCUUUGAUGGUGGCGUUCAGAGGAGAUAUAGUGGGUGGCCUCCUUACCGGUCUAAAUACAUGACAGCAGGGGAGAUAGAGAAUAUACUGAGAACGCAGCUUGUUGCUACACACAGCAAUGAUCCUUACGUUGAUGAUUACUACCAUCAAGCCUGUCUUGCUAAGAAAUCUACAGGUGCGAAACUGAAACAUCAUUUCUGUCCAAACCACUUGAGGGACCUACUACAUCCACGAGCACGGACAAACAAUGAGCCCCAUGCGUUUCUUCAAGUUGAUGCUCAUAGUCUUGGUAGAGUUCCUUUCUCUUCAAUCCGCAGGCCUCGUCCCCUUCUUGAAGUGGAUCCUCCAAAUUCAACCAAGUCUGGCAAUGCAGAGCACAGGGUUAGCGAUAAGCCCCUUGAUGAGGAACCCUUGCUCGCAGCUAGAGUGUACAUUGAGGAUGGUCAUAAUCUCCUCCUUGAUGUUGACGACAUAGAUCGUUUCUUAGAGCUUACCCAACUCCACGAUGGAGGAAUCCAGUUGAAACAGAAACGGCAAGCUUUGUUGGAAACCCUUGCGGUUUCACUGCAGCUCGUUGAUCCCCUUGCUAAGAAUGGGCAAAGCCGGUCCCAGGAUGAUUUGAUCUUUCAAAGUAUCAUCUCUCUUCCAAAGGGUCGGAAACUACUUAUAAGGUAUCUUCAGCUUAUUUUCCCUGGCAGCGACCUUAUGCGUAUAGUCUGCAUGGCCAUUUUCCGUCAUCUGAGAUCAUUGUUUGGAGUCCUCUCAUCCGAUCCUGAUAUCACCAAAACCACAAACAAGCUUGCCAACGUUGUGAACUCGUGCAUUCACAAGAUGGAUCUAGGACCCAUAAGUGCGUGUCUAGCAGCGGUUUCCUGUUCUUCCGAGCAGCCACCGCUCCGUCCUUUAGGCAGUCCUGUUGGAGACGGAGCUUCCACGGUACUGAAAUCUACACUCGACAGGGCUUCUGAGCUUCUCCGGGCUAAUAACUUCAACAACGCGGGCAUGGCUCUGUGGCGCGCUUCCUUCAAUGAGUUCUUCAACCUUCUGAUGAGGUACUGCAUCAGCAAAUACGACGGUAUCAUGCAGAGUCUGAACUCGCAGUUGCCACCAGAGUUUGCCAGUGAAAUAUCUGAUGCAGCUGCGCAAGCCAUUGUCCGUGAAAUGCCUAUUGAGCUUCUACGUUCGAGUUUCCCACAUAUUGAUGAGCAGCAAAAGAGAUUGCUAAUGGAGUUUUUGAAACGAUCUAUGCUUGGAAGCCAGAAAACCGAGCCAGUCUUGGGCUGAUAGUAUCUAGGAUCAAGAAACCGUACCGCACCGCGAUGUCUGUAUAUGAAGCAUAAGAUGAUGCAGAAAGGGUAAAAAGAACGGUAGAGAGUUUACACUCUUUAUUUUUGGUAGUAGAAAAAAAG